AUGAAGCAGCACUCUGCCCCCUCGCACCUGGAGGCUGCUCCCGGGGAAAGACACGGAUGGAGGUCUAGGGGUCUCCAGGGGGGGGAUUUCAUGCCUCUCGCCCCCACUGCCCCCCACCCCCGCUCUCCCUCCCUAACCCUCCCGCCUCCCACCCCGCCGACCCCCCGUUCCUGCAAUCGCCCUCAAGCACGGCCCCACCGAUCCCCCCCGCCCCCCCGCACCCCGCCUACCUUCGCCCCCCCCAAUCUCGCCGAACCCUCCGGCCCCGAUCCGGUACAUCCCGCACUCCCACCCACACUACAACCCCCCCUCCCCUUUCGUCCCCGCCAACACCCGCCUCCAAACGCUCCUGCCUUCGCUGCCCGCCUAUCUAUCACCCUCGACCAGCCCCAUGCCCAGGUCCCCAACUCCCCCCCACGCCGACCUGCUCUCCCACUCACCCAAUCCGCCCCUCCAUCCGAGCGACCGGACCUUCCGCCGCCCCACACCCCGGACACACCCGCCCCCCGCGGCUUCCACCAAUCCGCAACCCACCACAGGCCCACGCAUCCACCCGGCGGCCCUACCCCCCCCACCCACGCUCGCCCUCCCCCCCACUCUACCACGACUAUCUCACCACACACCCCCACGGGCCGCCCUUCCACCUACCCAAAUCAACCUCCCCUUCACCCUCCAAACCCACCCUGCCUCUCCACAUCCGCCCUCCCCCGCCCUUUCCCGCCCCCCACAGCCCCCCCCCCACCAACCAGUAGCCCUUUCCACCGCGUCGCCGCGUCGCGCCCGCAUCUCCCACAACCACCGGCCCCCCCCCCCCCGUCACCCACAGCAUCUCCCCCAACCCAACGCCAACCCCCCACACCACCCCCCCAAGUGCCCUCCCCGACCUCCCUGAACCACCAUUGCCUCGGCCCCAGACCCCCCCCCGUGCCGUCCUCGCUACCGCACCCCCCCCCCCGCCCUUCCGUCGCCCCCGCUCCCCCCCCCCGAAUCCCCACCCUCCCACACUGCACCUCAUAUCACCCCAGCCUCAUCACACCCCCCGAGGCCCUCCUCCCCCCCCCCCCCUCACCCCCCGACGCCCCAACCACCCCGUUCCCCCCCCACGCCCCCCCGCGCCCAUCUCCCCCCCCCCAUCCCCACGCCUCUAACGGUUCCCUCCCCCCACCCCUUCGUCCCCCCCUCUCCCUCUCGCCUCCCCCCCCAUCCCCCCAUCCACAACCCUACCCAUAUCUCCGCCCCGAUUUCCCUCCCAUCCCGGGCUCGCCCACCCCCUCCCCCCCCCCCCUCCCCUCCCCUUAUCCCUUCUGUGUCUCCGCACCCCCAGGACCACUCCCCACCCCCCCCCCCACCCCAACCGGUUCCUCAGCCCCCAGGAUCAACCUCCCACACACGACCCCCCUUCUGACCCCCACGUUACUCGCCCCUCCCCUCCCCCUCCACCCCACUCGCCCCGUCCUCCCCCCCCCUGCCCCUCCUUGCCCCCGACACCCCUGA